AUGGCAGAAAACAACAACAAGGUGUUAAAGUUACUACGCUUGUGCUGGCGAUAUAACGUCACAACAUCCGCUGGUCGACGUGUGCAGUCACUAAAGAUCAUCGGCGUUGCUAUGAUAGCAAUAACUGGUCUACUCGUUUUCGUGGCUGAAGAUGUCAAUAAUGCGAGAGAUAAUAUCAAAAAAGCCGAAAUUCUGGAGAAAAAUCUCGAAUCAAGUUUGCAGGUGGCUUUGUUAAUUCACCGUCUUCAAAUUGAGCGUGGUCUCACUGUGCUUUGUCUGGGGUCAAAGAGUGCCGAAGACAAGGAUAGAGUGUUUGAAAAAUUGAGUGAUGCUCGUCAUAACACAGAUAAAGUCCUAGAGGAAACAGAUUGGCCAUUUGAUGAAACAGCUGAAACAGAAUUUCUGCGCGGGGCUCAAAAUUUCAAAAGGCAUUUGAGGGAUCACAGGUAGGAUGAGGGCUUUUUCUCUAAAGGGACAGGUUCACGGUUCAGCGCUGGGACAUACGUACUGUAUCGUCUAUGCAAGCAAUAUGAUCAUGUAAUAAUGUUGUCAAAGAAUCAAUCUGCACACUCCCCUGGCAGUCACUUGCACUUGAUCAAGUUAUAUAUUUGCAAAUAGCUGUAAAUUAAUCAACCAUGGAAUAAAACCUUCAGGUCAACAAAUUCAACGUUGGUAGUGUUGGCACAAUCCACUAAUUAUUUCUGCGAUUUUAGUACUCGUCCAUCCUAUUUCAGGUUACUCUGAAAUACACUUCUCACUGACUUCUACUGUGAAAUACACUCGCUGAGAUACAUGUGAGUGGGAUUUUUAACCCCGAUAGAAUUAAUAAUAAAUUGGGAAAAAGUAAUUUAAUUAAUGAGCAUGCGCUUAACUGUGAACCUGUCCCUUUAAACCCAGAGAACACAAGUAAAAAGAUGACAGCCGCUGUGUUUUCUAUAUGAAUGUAAAACUGUUGAGCGUGACAAUCAGUUUUCAAAGUUUAGGUGUGACCAUCGAAAUCUGCUCAUAAUUAUGAAUAAUUACCUGCAAGAUUCUUAUUUGUUUGUUCUGAAUCUGCAAUAAAUCAUUAAGAAACAAUUUGCCUCCAGGCGAUAACUUUUAUAGCGCGGGGAAUAAUAUUAAGAAUAGGUCUCAUCUUGAUUUUAGGUACGGAGUUGGGAGAUGUGCACAUGGCACUCAACGUCAACAGAUUGAGUUUUACACCCUUCCAAUCGAUUUGAUGUUGAACUGGUUCUACAAGAAUGUUCGCGAUAAUCCCGGAAAUGAUAUAUUUCUGGAUAUGGUUGGGUACCACAUGUUUCUUGUUGGAAAAGACAAAAUUGGAAUUGAGCGCGCCUUGGGCGGAACUUUCUUCGCAAACGGAUAUUUCAGCAAUUCAAGCGAUCUCGUUUGGUUUGCAAAUCACAGCAUUCUCGGAAGGGAGUUUUUAGAAGCAAGUGAAACUUUUAUGCCUGAGAUUAAGGCUAAAAUGAGCCAUAAUGUAAACGAAACAGUGCUGCGCUUGAUCGAAAAGGAACGAGAAGUUAUUCUUGCUAAUCAACCCGACAACGCCUCAGUAUCGAAAGGCGAACUGUGGUUUCAGCUCAUGACCUUAUAUCUUAACGAUAUUUUUAAAGUUCAAAAAAAUGUAGGGGACUCUUUAACUAAGCGUCUGGACGUCAUACAAAAGAACAACGCAGCACAUCUAACCCAAAGAUUGGCAUAUCUCGUGUUUGCCAUUCUUUUAGUGCCUGUUAUAGCUUACUCAGUUUACAGAAUGACGGGAACGAUUCAAAACUGCACCUUUCAGCUUGCCCAGACAAUGUUGGAGUUAAAAGAGGAGAAGCAACGAGCAGACACUCUCCUUUACCAAAUGUUUCCGCAUCCAGUGGCUGAAAAACUCAAGAACAAACAGCAAAUUCCAGCCGAGUUCUUUAACAGCGUGACAAUUUUCUUCAGCGACAUCGUCAACUUUACAGAGAUGUGUUCUAACAUGGCUCCAAUGCAGGUCAGUAUUAUUUUUAGCAAGCUAGCUCCUGUUAAAGGAGCUGUGUGACGAAAUUCAGCCAAAUUAGGAAAUUAAAAUUUGCCCGUUAAAUUAAGAGAAAUAUAAAAAUAGCCAUUUAAAUCUUUAAAGGAAGUUUAAAAUAACAUAACAGAAACAACAGAUGACACGGAUGGGCAAAACUGAAGAAGAUUGAAACGGAUUGAGGAUUUUUGAAAACUGUUCAGCCUAACAGUUCUUCAAAGUUGAUCCCUGCUGCUUGCAACUUCAAAAAUAAUGCUCAGGAGACAUAUUUGAUUGUCACAGAUCUCUGAUUUUGUCGUUUACAUGUAAUUUCUUUGCUUACUUUUAGUUCCAUAACGAUUGAGGGCCAGUAAUUGGCAAAAUUAAACAAAAUGAACUAGACGGCCGUGAAACAGCUCCUGUUAAAUUGCAAUUUUUUGACGCGUUUGAGUUUAUUUAUUAAUAAUUAUUCAUUUUGAGGCGAAUCAAACUAGAGGUUAUGGUUUUAAGAAGGACAGUACAGGAAGAGAAGCAGAAAUACCACAGUCCUUCUUCACAGCACGACUAAGUUUUUAGAUCAACAACGUACAACAAUCUUUCUUUAAAUUGAAUCGACUGGGACUCUGUGACACGUAUUACGUGUUCUAUAGACUACUAUCAACGACUCACUUUAGAAAGCUGGUUUGCUUCCUUAGAACAAACGCCACUGAAUCUUAGUCAACAGUUACCGGCACGGUACAAACGACUUACUGACCGAAUCAAACAAAACUAGUUACGAGAGAACGAAUGGACAACUGAAAAUUUGACGAACAAUAAACGACUGUUUAGCUGUGACAAUAGACGGAUCGAAAUGCACCAAUGACAUUACGAGUCUUCAUAGCCAAUACCAUCACAGCUUAAUUAACAGACGACCAAUAACAUAGCGACUUAAUAGACCAAUCAGGUCAAUGACCAGAGUUUAAUGGCAUCAACUGACGUGACACAACUCACUUUGACUCCGAAGAUGACUACCGCACAGGUUGUCGAAACGUCAUUCAACAACAGUCCUAUUAAGGACUACGUUAUUAAUAGUUUACCUGAACGAUCAUACUCAGCCUACUUACGAAAUGACUCCUGGCUUCAAACCUUUCACAAUCUUUCUUGCAUAAUCAAAAUAUUGUCUUUUCUCAUUGGUUUAAAUCUCUCCGUCACUUAAUGAUCGCAACAAGCUACCGCUUGUAUUGAAAUUCAUGGCUUCAAUAUUUCUCUUUAUAUUCGACCGGUAAUAGCAGAUUCAUUGAAUGAAUGAUAAAUUUACAGAUCAUAAAGAUGUGGACUAUUUCAAUAUUUUAAAAGUGCAUGCAGAAUUCUGAGAAAGAUGCUGUCGAAUUCCCCUAAUAAAAAAAUCGAAAGUUUUGUUGAACUGUUUUUUGCUUUUUGCAAAGAUUCAAAUUAGAGGAAAACCAUACCCCCACGUUUCUUGCUAUAGAGAUACAAGCGACGUCAAUAACCCCUGGGACUAAAAAGGUCAAUGAUAUUUAGCCAUAGGGAACUGCUUUUUUGUGCCAAGUUAGCUAAUGCGGUAUUCGUUGUUUGAUUUCAAUGGCCGAUUUUAUACUACAGUCACAUUAUCCGACUGGAUGAACUUUGGUAAACAUUUCAAUGUAGUCCGUUAUGCGUAUCAGGUAUAAAGACGGGCACAAGGCGCUUUAUGCGUCCACAAAUCAAAAGCUAUCUUUCGUAAUGCAUCAUUCAAGUCGUAUUACGAAUUGAUAGUUCGUCCAGACGCGUGAUGCGUCUUGUGCCUCUCUUUAUACUCGUGAUGCAUAACCAAACGACCUGCAAAUGUUUUCCCAAGUUUGCCCAGACGGAUAAUUCGACUGUAGCAUAAGAACGGUCAAUGUUAGCAUCUAGGUACGAAUACCCGUAAAUCAUUUCAUAAUCAAGAGAAUCUUAUAAUUUGUCGAACGUUGUUCCUCGUGAUUACUUGCAGGCCAGUCCAGAUGACCACAGAAUUUUGUUUUGUUUAGGUUACAGCCAUGCUCGAUGAGAUCUAUGGUUUGUUUGACGACCGCAUAAACUUUUACGACGUGUACAAAGUGGAGACAAUUGGUGACGCCUACAUGGUGGUAUCGGGCCUUCCUCAAAGGAACGGAAUGCGUCACGUGGAUCAGAUUGCCCGGAUGGCGUUGGACUUGGUAAAAGCGGUAGAUGAACUAAAAUUACCCCAGUUCAGCAGACGACAACUGUCGGUCCGAAUUGGUAUACACACUGGUAAGUCUGGCCUUUGUGUAUGGGUAUGAUAUGGAGUUGAACCGAAGGAAAAUCAAAUUUAAACCAAUUAAGAAUAUGCAGUAAAAUUUAAUAACAACGUAUAUAGCAUUUGAAAAGCCAGGGAAAAAGAGAGAGCUCAUUGAUGGAGAAAAUAAGUAAAAAAGAGGGUGGAGGGUACAUUAAUAUAGGUUAUCAUUUGGCUUACAGUAAUAACUGUGAUUGAUAAAUUUAUAGUCGUAGAAGUUUUUCUUUCAUCGUCAGUUAUUUAAAAAAUCACUUAACAGAUUGUCCCUCCUCGGAUUUCAAUUUUUGCCUCGGCGUUCUGCUUAGCCAAGUCUUGAAAUUCUUGGGAAGCAACAAAAACCUUUCACUCGAGAAUAGUUAAUUUUCUGAUCGUGUUUGCUACAUACAUCAGGUCUGUAUACGUGUAAGAAUUAUUUAUCAAUGACAUAAUCGGCCCAAUGACUUAAAAAAAGUAACAAUAGCAUAAUUAUAUCCUUUUUAGGCCCAUGUGUGGCUGGUGUGGUUGGAAACAAAAUGCCUCGUUACUGCCUGUUUGGAGACACAGUGAAUACUGCAUCAAGAAUGCAAACUUCUGGCGAACGUAAGGGACAUAACAACUUAAUAUUUAAUUUGUAAUUUACUGCCGUUUAACAGUAGAUUAAUUUGAGAUCUAUUUCAGAGGGUAUAUUGUUGCCAUUCAUUUUGCUGAUCUAUUUGUUAUGUGUCUCUUCUGACAUUUUGCAAAAUUUCAAAACAUGUCACAGUAAUUUGUAAUUCAAGAUGGCGGAUAUUUUUUGGAAGUGAUAACGUCCGUCAUUCUUCAUCAGCUGUACAAGUUUAUAAUAGUCCAAUGAACAAUACUUACACCAAAUGACAUUGUCUUAUGUGUAUGCGUGUGCGUUUUUAGCUCAGAAAAUUCACAUUUCGGAAAAUGCUAAGGAAGCCUUGGACGAAAUUGGAAGCUAUCAUAUCGUUUUCAGGGACAGUAUGGCAGUAAAAGUAAGUAUUUGUUUGAAUGCGAACAACGAUUCAAAUCAGGGAAAAUUUGCCUUUAUCUGACAAAGUUAAGAUAGUUAAAAAUAAUGCUGUAAAGUUAAAAGAACGCGAAUACAUUUAAUCACAUUUUUUCCGUUGUUGUUGUCAUGGUUGUGUAACCUUUAUACCAUCCCAAAUUUCCGUCUUCCCACAGGUAGCCCAAGCGUACAAUGUUGGGUUGUCUGUGAUCUUCCAUGAUUAAAAAGGGGCAGCACCACGCAUGGGACCUAUAAAUCUCGCUCACGCCCAACCCUCUUUAUGCAAGUCUGUGUCUGGUAAAGCUGGUGAAACUGACAAGCCUGUGAAAAACUAAUUGAUAUAAUUUAAACUGAAUAUUGCCAUAUUCUCUUUUCAUACGCAGGGCAAAGGUCUCAUGUCAACGUACUGGCUCAAGGGAUUCUCGGAAAAUGGUCCGUGCCUUACUCUGUACGCCCCAGAAGAUAUGCAAAUGACAGCUUUUGUGCAGCUGUGA